AUGGCCAACAGUCGGUCCGCUAUAAAAGACCAUGGCUACACAUUAGUGAGUAAAGAAAAGAACCUGGUGAAAAAUGAAGGUGGUGACCAGUUUGUCAUUAAAAAGUUAAAAACUAACCAGGAUGAAUUAAAUUUUCUCCUAGAGCUCACCCAUCCACACAUCGUCCAUCAUAAGGAAACCUUCCCAGAUUCAGACUGUUUGUGUCUUCUGUUGGAGCACUACGAAGGUGGAGAUCUUGCUCAGAAAAUCAAAAACAAAAAGGAGGGAACAGAUACAUUUUCUGAGAAUGAGAUUCUGGACUGGAUUGUGAACAUCUGCAUGGCUUUGAAAUACCUGCAUGAUAAACAGAUCCUGCAUAAAAACCUGCAGCCUGAGAGCAUCUUCUUCACUUCAUUUGGAACCAUCGGUCUUGGCGAGUUUGGAGUAAUUCAUCAAUGGUCCACCGAAGAGCCAGAAGAAGAAAAUAAAGCUUCAUAUGUUGCACCUGAGAUUUUGAAUGGAAGACCUUAUGAGGAGAAAACUGACAUAUGGAAGUUGGGGUGUGUCAUCUAUGAGCUGUGCAUGCUGAAACGUGCGGAGAAUACUUUUCCAGCUGUUGAAAAGAUACUCACAUCCUCUUAUAAAGCUCUUCCUCUGACCUUCUCUGGAGAUCUUCGUCAGCUGAUAAAAGAGACACUUCAACCUGAUCCAGCAUGCCGUCCAUCUGUCAGUGAGAUCUUGACCAGACCUUUUAUUAUUAAUCAUCUUCACAAAAAGAUCUUGCAAAGUAUUACGACUCUUAAUAAGAAACUAGAGGACCUAAGAGCACUAGCUAAUGAUUUGGAAAAAGUCCAUUUCAACACAACCGUAGGCAGUCUUGCGGGGGGUGUAAUGGGAUUGGCUGGAGGAAUCGCAACUGUGACGGGAAUUGUUCUCUCACCAUUCACUCUUGGAGCGUCUCUGGUAGUAACAGGAUUGGGAAUCGGCACGGCAGUAGCUGGAGGAGUAACUGCUGGUGCCUGCAACAUAACAAACAUGGUUAACCAGAGCACAAACAGGCAAAAGAUCAAAAUGCUCAUAAAAGAGUUCCAAGAAAAGAUUACCUCCACAGUUUGCUGCAUCGAAAACAUCCAAAGAGCUCUGGAAACUUUAGAAGAGCAGUCCACAAUCAAUGAUGAGUUUUCCAACGCACAACCGGGGGCAAACGCUGGAGCUCGAAUUGGACGAGGACUGGGAGGAAUUCCGGAGAUUUUCCGUCUAAUUCAAAUUGCAAAUGUUGGGAAGGUGGCAGCUCAGGCCGCAAGAGUCGUUCGUGUGGCUGAAGCGGCUACAGGAGUUUUGUCUGCACUUUUUAUAGCUGUUGAUGUCUUCUUUGUGUUUCUCGACUCUAAAGAAAUCCACAAAAUACGCCAAGUUAAAGCGUUAAAAGAUAGUCGAAAAGCAAAUCUACUGGCAGAAGAGCUGAAGUCUGAGACCAUGAAAUUUGUGACAAAAAUAAAGGAGACGACAGAGGAGCUUCAGAAAAUUUUGGAUGCACUUCAAGAUGCAAUGCUACCAAACUAA